UCCAUAUUGAGACCGGAUAUCCGUGGUAUGCAACGAUCCAACGCCAUUUUAUUCAGGACUCGCACCCUUCGCACCACGAGAGUAACGGAGAUUUAUACGAAGCGACAUUGACGGCCACCAUGCACAGAGACUGUCCGCUCGACUGCAAGGUGUAUGUGGGGAACCUUGGGAACAAUGGCAACAAGACAGAGCUUGAGCGGUCCUUUGGCUACUACGGACCCCUGCGCAGCGUCUGGGUGGCCAGAAACCCCCCGGGCUUUGCCUUCGUGGAGUUUGAAGAUCCCAGGGAUGCGACAGACGCAGUGAGGGAGCUCGACGGAAGGACGCUGUGUGGCUGUCGCGUGCGCGUGGAACUGUCCUCCGGUGAGAAGCGUUCUCGCAGCCGAGGCCCGCCGCCCUCCUGGAGCAGCCGACGACCACGAGAUGACUCGUACCGCAGUCGACGCAGUCCGCCAGCCCGUCGCCGAUCCCCACGGAGAAGGAGCUUCAGUAGGAGUCGUAGCAGGUCGGUCUCCAGAGAACGCAGGAGGGAGAGGUCCCUCUCACGGGACAGGAACCAUAAACCUUCCAGAUCUUUCUCUCGGUCACGCAGCCGUUCCAGGUCCAAUGAUCGGAGGUAAACGCCUGGUGGACGGUCUGCUGUGGCUGAAGAACAUUUCGCUGGUCAGAGUUCUAGACAAUGAAAGUAAAAAACAUCAGAACGGUCGACCAUCAAUGGGCACUACUGCCCCACAGUCUUGUAUGUAUGAGUGUAUGCGUGUGUGUGUCUGUUUUUCCUCCCCUCAGAGCCUUUUUUAAUGGAGCUAUGUUAGAUUUUAUCUUCGUUUUUUUGGCAUUUCCCCCCACCGUUGUGUGAUCUAUACAAGGUACCUGAUCAUCUGUGAUUUUUGUAAAUAGUUGUUGUGCUCAGGUGUCAGUGCUUUACUGUUAGUCCCAUCACCACUCUGCAGCAUUCCACACCUUCAGUUCCGUCUUGGACGUCUGUCUUUAUAUAUAGAUCAUCAUAGUCUGAAUGUAAGAAUCGCAUAACUGUAGUCUGUGCAUUUUUUUCGAAGUGUGCGUUGUCGUGCAGCUGUAAUAUGGCAAGCAUGUGAAAUUUUGGUCCGAAACUUCAUGAUUUUUAGUUUUUUCUUUUUCUCAGCCAUUUCAUGUCGAAGGUUCUGUUUUGUCAUUAUUGUUUGCUUGCGCGCACACAAGGGAAAUGUAUGAAAAUGUUGGAACCAUGUAAUGGCUUCUUUUAAUGAAAACAAACAAAAAACACCAUGGAGGUUUUCACCCCCGUGUUUGUACCGUUUAUAAUGUUAUCAAAAUUAAAUCUGGUCGCACAAAGCCAAAUA